GGGUAUUGGUUACCAAAAACAUGGCGGAUCACCAAAAACAAUUUUGGAAUGUUGUUUUGCUGACAAGUUUUGAAAUCUAACCUACAGCAAAUGUUUGGAUAUUUGGUUAUUGGAGUUCUGUAGAUUUUGUCAGUAUCAUUUCGCGGAUGCAAUAUAAAGUGCGAAAGGCCUGCUCGAACCAUUGUGUUCACUUGACAACAUAUUAUUGAACGUCUCAUAUUCAUCGUUAUUUUCCGUUCGAUUUCUGGCCUUAUAAACAAUUCUAUACAAUGGCGGACGAUCUAGCAAGUUUUAUUGAGUCACAGAAAAGAAAGUUGGAAAAAGAAAGAGCAGAAGUAUUGCGUGCACAAGAAAGUGAGGUGAGAUUACUUUGCACGUGAUUAUUCUAGCUCAGCUGCUUUCUCGUUUUGGAGGCGGGAAAAUUUUUUCCUUUCUUCUUUUAGUUGGCCCCUCUAAGAUCGCCUCGGUGUAAGAAACUGUAAAACUCACGAGUGACGUAAAACAAAGGAAACAAAGAAGUCGACACAAUAGAACCUAUGAAAACAUAAGGUGCGAAACAAAGAAAAAGUUCACAGGUUCUUACCCCCAAGAUCAUGUCAUGUAACUCUGCAGUUUUGGUUCUUAGCGGAAGGAAUAGAUUGUAGCAAUACAAUCGAAACAAUUCUCUUGAGGGUUAUAAGACUAUCUGGGAAGACAAGCAAAUUUCAUGUACAUGUAUAUCCAUACUAGAAUUUAAAGUGAGUGGAGAAAAUUCAGAAAGUUAUUUGAUGAGGAAUGCCAUUAUCAGAUGCACUGUAUGAGAAUCAUUUGAAAAUUCUGAGUAUGACUUCCAUUUAGAACAUAAACAAGGUUUCAUAUAUAGCCAGAGAGGCGGCGUCAAAAUCAUUGGACUGGGAUGAACCAUGAUACCGGUUACCAGAUCCCUGUGGUCUACCAGGAUGUGUUGUGAUGUGAACCACAAUAUAAAUCAUGUGACAAAAUUUCAAGCUCUAUCAGGUGGAAAGGAUUCCAAGAUGAAAUUGAAUGCUUGUAUGCUAUAAAAAUAGUUUUUGAUCCUUUGAUACCUCGUUUAUGUUCAAAUACACUGAAAAAGUAGCUUAGUAAAUUUUGUGAUAAUCAGUUUUGUGCUUGUAUUUCAGGUCAGCAUAGACCACAAGAUGCGUCAGACGAUUGAAGAAGUCAUGGAGGAACCAGAUCAGACGGUCUAUGACCAUGCGCAACGUCACGUCUAUUACGUCAUGUACCAGGACUGUUACCCAAGAUUCUUAGUGUCAAAAUGUAUUCAAGGCAUUUUUGAUGAGUAGUGACUGAUGACGUGUUUCAACACAACCACUCAAUUUGCUCUUACAGUAUAUGAAUAGACCAUUUUAUAGUUGUAGAUGGAAACGAAGCUGGAGUUGACCUUGUUUUGAGACAACCCUUCUUGCUUUCUUAUGUAAAUCAUGUUGUUCUUAUGCUAACUAGUAUUUUUCCACAUAAUUUCCAUAAGAAAACAAAGGGGGUUUGCAUAAAAACAAGGUCAACCUUAGCCUCACAUUGACUUGAAGGCUAGGGUACAAAGCCCAUAACAGUAAAAUGGUCUAUUUCAAAGGUCCCAACCACACAACAAGAAUUUAUGACGUUAUUGAGAAAGGAGAUUGUAAAUAUUGAACCAAGAAUGUUUAGAAAAGUGAACUAUUAAUGAAUAAUACAGUCCAUAUUUCUCGGAUCAUUUCAUCUGUCCCAUCAUAAAAAUUUAUCAAAAAUUCAACAAAUUGGGACUAUUUUCCUUGUAAAUUAGAAUCAAUGUACACGAUUGUUUAAGUUGUGUCCUCUUUAUCGAAUAAUCCCAUGAUUCCUCUCUUUUCACCUAUUGCCUUUUUUUUUGCAAAAUUUUACGGAAAAGGACUGUUACUGCAAGCACCAUUUUCAUAUUUUUGUUAAGGUAUGAUUGUAGCUAACACGAAAUUGUCAAAUUUUAGAAGACGCAAGUAUUGUGAAGUAAUUUAUUAUUUUUAUCCGGUUUUGAUAACAUAAAAAAAUUGAUUUACAUUUGGUUACAUUCUUAUUAUAGUACGUGAAUAAAAUCUAUCAAGAAUGCCGUCGCCACAAAACCUACUUGAAGACAUUUCUAACCUUCGAUUCUUCUCUGAAAUAAAACAGCAACAAAUUCUUCCUGCUUUCCAACUUCACCUAAUUAUCUGAUAUCCGGUCACCUUGCCACCAAACCAUCUCACCACCAAGACUAAAACUUUAUCGUCUUAAAAAGCCAUACAUAUACACAACAAAUGAAAAGAACUUUCAUGAACAGCCAUUUUCUCUUAACCGUUUCUUUGUCAUAUUUCAAAGAAAUGACAGGUGAUUAUGAAUCUGUUCUGCCAGUUUUUUAAUCUCUCAACUGGGGGCAUGAGAAGUUCGACGCAAGGAUCAUCAAUUAGGAUUGACAGAUUCGCAUUUGGGUGAAAGUCAAAUUCAAAUACUAAGCUUGAUGAAAAAUUAAAAAUCUUAGUUAAGUAAUCCUAGGUAUUAAACUGUGUCAAUUACUUCGGAGUUAUUUGUUGGUGGCAAGUCGUCUUCUUGGUUGGUAAGACGGUUUGGUGGCAAGAUGACCGUAGACCAUUUGUCUGAUUGGUUUAACAGUGUUCGUCAGAGUUAAGACGCCGAACGGUUUAUGUAUUGGGCAAAUGUAACGCAGGGCAAGGCGUAAAAGGCAUGUUCGUUUUGGUCCAUGCAAAAUAAACCUACUAGUAAAGCAAAAUUUUGGACAAAAGAGUCACAAUUGUUUUAAGAAAAAUGAGUAAAUGGUUUACUGAAAUCAUAUCAAAUGGAAUUCAUAUAAUUAUAAAAAUAUAUUGCUAAACUAUGUAAACUAUGUAUGUAACUAUGUAAACUAUUCUUGCAAAAAUUUUCUAGAGUGAGCAGUUUUACUAUUUAAUUUUAGCCCUCUGUGUUAUUGUAAUGGUUAAUUUGUCCUAUUUCGGGGUGAUCUGUAUAGUGCAGUGUCUCUCAUUAAAAGCUGAGAUUAUUUUACCGUGUAAUGGAGGCCUCACAUUUUCACUUCAGAAGAUUUUAUCUAAACGGGCUGUGUCACAGCAUUUAGUUCAUUUUGUUAAUAUAGCCAAAUACCUUUGCUAAUGCAUUUUGGAACUUAACGUUGGUGAAGAAAAUACUUCUAAAUGACAAAAUCACAGCUUCUUAUCCUAACAAUAUGCCUCCCAAGCAUCAUAUCAAACAUUAAAAACAAACCUGUUAGGCAAACAAAUUUUUAAAACCCACAGUGCAUCUGUUUAAAUCUUUUCCAAGUUUGUCCGUACCUUCUUUUGUAUUUGCCUGGUUAUUUAUUCUUCCUUUAAUGUUCUGAGCAUUUAUUUUUAAGUUUCACUCAAUUUGGUGGUAGUUCGUACGUUUUGGAUUUUGAUAAAUUUCGUGACACUGCUCCUUUAAGAGCAAACUGAGUAGUGAACUAGUGCAAUCCUAACCAAUAAGAAUUUCUCUGUGCAACAAACAUUUCCCAUCGUCUCUUAAGUUUCUCUUCCUGUUAGUCUCGCAAGCAGCCGUGUUUGCUUGGUCACUUAACGCUCCUCCACCAGAAGAGGAGGGGAGGAGGGGAUAAGGGUUGUGUGACGAGACAAAAAAAGCUGCAAGGGAGACUAUCUUCCUGAAGUUAUUAGUACUAUGUGCCACUGGAGUAAACCUGUCAUUCUAUAUUAGUCAUCUUCGUCAGCCAUACUUCCUAGACCCACUAAUUCACAAAACCUCAGUUGUUCAAAAGGUGGAUAACACUAUCCACUGGAUAAAUCUCUAUCCACUGGAAAGCCCAAUUCCAAACAACUGGUUUCCCUACUACUUAACCUGCUUAAUACAGACACCCCGUUAAAAUAGACCCUUUCUAUGGCCCCCCUCAGUUUCUGUAUUAAUGGGGUUUCAAGGUAUUUAAUUGGAUGCUAAUCAAGCAAACUACAUUUAGCCUUCUUCAUUCAAUGACUAUGACUACAAUUUGACCUUCAGGUAGUCUUUUACUGGAAUGAUAUCAGCUGGGCCAUAAAUAUCUUGCAACCAGACAUUGACGAUUUCAAGUUUGAGUGUCUGCCAAUCUGUAACAAGAAGAUAACUUGGUUACUAGACGGAGUAAAUGCAUCACUGACAUAAAAAGUAUAAUAAGAAAAACAGAGAUGCUAUGCAAUGACACUGACAAUGGCAGCAAAGACAUCACUUAAUCAUCAGCGUGCAAAGAAGGUCAUGUCCGAUAGCCCGGGGCUAGGGGAUUUUGCUAUAGGGCUAGUGAUAUUUGUUCUUAACUUGCCUGACAGGCAGGUGCUGUUUUUUGGGGAAAUUCAAGUUACAGAAGAAUUGUAAUCAAUCCUGCUAAUCAAAAAGGGUUUUUGGGCUAGUUAAAAUGACUUGUGGGCUAGUACAUGCUGUAGCUAUAGCUUGCACGAUUGGCAGGCUGUAAAACUGACUUUCUUUGCACCCUGAUUAUAAAAUAACUAAGAACUGAAAUUUGGUGCAACAGGUAUAAAGAAAGAAUGACAUUUUUGUGAUCACUUACCAUGAAACUUAGGCCAAGAUUUCAUCACAGGAUGUCUUGAAAACAAAGCAUUUUGAGCAAACUUGAUCUCAUCAGGGCCAACAUGAAUAAGCUUUAAGUUUUAAGAGACAAGAAAGAAUGAAACAUUAGAGUCCUUCAGUUAAUGCAUGAUGUUUAAAACAUUGAUAAACAUUCAAUGAUAAGAGCUGUUAUUACUUAUAGACCUUGACAUGGUUUUGGAAGCCAUCUUGAUGAGUAGGCAAGCGCAUGAGAUAUCACAGUGUUUGUACGAGAAUCUAAUGUCAAAUAAUUUCUGUAAAAAGGCUGUUCUGGAAACAUUAUGAAUUGUAAAAUAAAGCUACACAGCAAGGGAUUCUACAAACAAAUUUUUUGGGCCAUACCUGUGCUUAAAUUUCUCCAAACGCUUGCUUUAGAUUUUCCACAUAUUAAUUUUGUCUGCAAUUUUCCCGGGAAAUUUUAGUCGGCAUGAAGAAAAAUUUUAACAGACAAAUGUAUAGAAAAUUUUACAAAGUGGUUCUAGUGCAUGUAGCUACAUGUAACGUCCUCAAAUUUUCUCAGUACAAUUCAUAUUUUUUCAGGACAGCCGUUGUACGAAAAUUAUUUCACAUUAGAUUCUCAUACAAACACUGUAAUUUCUCAUGUGGUUGGCUACUCAUCAAGACGGCUUCCAAAACUGUGGCAAGGUCUACUUGGAAGCAGAACAUGUAUACAACAAGAACACUCUUACAGCGAUGUUUAAGUCUCGCUUGCUUGGAGAUUAGAUCGAGAAAUGAGCAGGCGAUUAAUUCUACAAGAAACAGGAUUUACUCACUAAAUGUUUUUCACUCCCUACUUCUGGAUAUUUACUUUUUAUUUGUUUCUGAAUUGAUUUAGUACGCAUGUUAUACGUCUGCUGUCGCAGGCUAUACGUGUGUAUAAAUACACGAAAAUUCAAGGGCCUUGAUUCCAGAGAAAUUACAUCAUUGCCAGAGAUCAAAAAAGGGAUUUUCAUGGCAUGUCAUUUCGAUCAUUGCCAAAAAUAGACCGCAUGCUCAUCACAAGACCCAUUUGCAAACAAUGAAAGUUUACAACACCCAACCAGUUAGUCUUUUGCUAAUAAAGUUUUCCUUUUUUUUCGACCACCGAAGUAUUCAUGUGUUCCAAAGUAAUCAAUGCUUUUAAGUGAUAGAAUUCAUCGACAGAUGCAUUCUUCACAAAACAUGCAUGGCUUUGGCCACACAACGAUUCUUAUUGCCAGUUUCCACGGUCUCCACUAGGAAGGCCAGUGGGACCACAACGGUUGUUUUGUGUACUAAAUAUGAAGGAAAAAACCCGCUUGCAGAUUAUGAGUCUUGCUCCUUAGGCUAAAACAUUAAAAUGCAAUUUACUUACCUUUCCUGUGAGAGAAACUCUAGAGCAAAGUGGUUCCUCAGGGUCCCAGUCAUGUUCCUUGCAGUAAUCACUUUGUGCUUCAGAAACUGACAGACUUGCCCAGUUGUUUUCCUUUAUGUUUGUGCAUAUAGGGUCAAAAUUUGACAGAUAAAAGUAUGGUAUCCCUGUGCUAUUAUCAACAGUCCCAUCACUGAAUGAUGUAACCACACUAAAAGGAGCUCCAUUCAGUGCCACAGAGAUAGUUGAGAUAGAUCCCCAGAUAGUGUUGUGCACAAUGUACCUUGCUGUAGACAAAAAUAAUAUUAAACAGGGGAGUUUAUUUAACGUGACCAAAUGCAAUUUUCACCAAGAUAAACUCAAGACAUGGUUGACUGGCAGUCUAUAGAAGGAGAUAUGCAUGUCGCCCUAAUCAUGUCACCUGGGCUCAGGGAUUUUUUUUACAGCCUUUCUCUAUGACUCACCUGUUUUUGCCUUUUCUGAUCUUGGAGGGGGAUUAUAAGAAGCAGAACUUUUAACACUAGAAAUCCUGCCCCUCAUCUGGUGUAGAGGCCUAUCCAUUGUGCUGUGAUGUGGCUUGUCCUCACCUUGAAAGAUUUCAAGCUCAUAAUAACCUAAAUUAAAACAAUAAAAAAUAGCCAAAGAAAAAUCAAGUUUCACUCAGUUGUUCCAAGAGAAAAUGUGGGCAGGUAUAAAAAUAAAAAAAAUUCAGCUAAAUUGUGGAAUUAACCACUUAAAUCAGUGAAUAACAGUCCCUAUGAGCUCCUAUGGCUUAACCCAUUUGCCCCUGAGCCACCCGUGGAGAUCCACGUCCUUUCUACCGCUUGUGACGUCAUCAGUUUUAACGGUCAGGGGCAACUUUGUCCGCUAACUUCUGCAGAGUGAAGAGAUGUUUCAAACCAUACCAGAAUGAGCACAAUUCAGUCAAGGACACCGGGGGAAAAGGACAAAAACCAUGUAACAUUGACCUGAAAAUCUUAUCUAGAUUUUCGUUCGCAGCAAAAGUCUUUGGUCACGCAUCACACUCUACGGAGCGUGUACGUAUAUAUAUGUGUUUGGCUUGUCAACACUUUGACUUCAACAGGGCCGAUUGGAUCUCCGAUAAUCUGCAUGUGAUCACCAGCUGAUAUUUGCGAACAAUGGGAAAGGAACUUAUCUUUCGAUUCAGCAGACGUUCGUGGGGCAGGAACGCGUGACGAACCACUAAGAACGUCUGCGUGGGAGGCUACAGAUCAAAGGAACUUGAAGAUGUCGGCAGAGUCGCUUCCUCUUUGACUUUCCCGACUCAUUUAGGAAAGAUCGAAGCGACUCUGCUAGCAGGGUACUGAUAAGGUGGACCAUGGUAAAUGAUGUGACCGGGAUCGGGAUUUGGCCGAUGAAAACGUUCGGGAUUUCGAGAUAAGGGAAAAUUUUGGUAGUGAUGGCGGGAUUAAAGAACCGAGGUUGAUUGGCAUCUCUGAGUAAAUGUAAAAGUACCUUCAAUAAAGGGGGGCGGACAAUAAAUGGAAUGGCCCAAUAUAAGGAUAGACAAACCUCCGUUCAGUGACUGCUGAUCAUAUCCCGUGGUUUGAAAACCACAGUAAGCUACACGCGCCAACAAACACAUUCCCAGUACUAGCACAAGUACCAAAACAACAACAUGGCAGGCAAAAAACUUGCUGUGCGUAUGACGUUCUCGUUUUAAAGUCACCAGAGCUUCGUCCUUCUCUUCUGUGGAAGUAGGACCUUCCUCUAGGAGCUUAUCAAUUAGCUUGGCUUUAUCCUUGUAAAAGUCCAUCUCAAAUGCCUGUUGUUCGCACACUGGAUUUCAACUCGGAAAAGCACCCCUUUCAAUACCAUGUCUCGUGACCCGGCUGGAUGAUAAAAAGAUUAAAAAGGCACGAGACUCUCACAAAUCGUUGUUGAUUGGGUCGGGUCUAGCCUACGAAAACAUCCGUUUCUCCUCGCUCUUCGUCGCUGAGGACGUUUCGCGCUCCACGCGAACGUCCUCUGCGACAAAGAGCGAGGAGAAACGGAUGUUUUCGCAGGCUAGGUCGGGUCUCACUCAGUCCUAACCAAUCAAAAAUAAGCUUUCUUCAUGUACCGAAGGGCGUUAUGGGUACUGGUUACCAAAAACAUGGCGGAUCACGCAAAACAAUUUUGGAAUGUUGUUUAGCUGUCAAGUUUUGAAAGUGGUUUCUUACGCUAAACUACAGCAAAUGGUUAGAUAUUUGGUUGUUGGAGUUUUGGAGAUUUAUCAGUAUCAUUUCGGGGAUACAAUAUAAAGUGCGAAAGGCCUGCUCGAACCAUUGUGUCCACUUGACAACAUAUCAUUGAACGUCUCAUUUGAUCGUUAUUUUCCGUUCGAUUGCUGGCCUUAUAAACAAUUCUAUACAAUGGCAGACGAUCUAGCAAGUUUUAUAGAGUCACAGAAAAGAAAGUUGGAAAAAGAAAGAGCAGAAGUAUUGCGUGCACAAGAAAGUGAGGUGAGAUUACUUUGCAUGUGAUUAUUCUAGCUCAGCUGCUUUCUCGUUUUGGAGGCGGGAAAUUUUUUUUCCUUUUUUCUUUUAGUUGGCCCCUCUAAGAUCGCCUCGGUGUAAGAACCUGUAAAACUCACGAGUGACGUAAAACAAAGGAAACAAAGAAGUCGACACAAUAGAACCUAGGAGAACAAAGGGUGCGAAACAAAGAAAAAGUUCACAGUUUCUUAACCCCAAGAUCAUGUCAUGUAACUCUACAGUUUUGGCUCUAAGCAGAAGGAAUAGAUUUUAGCAAGACAAUCGAAACAAUUCUCUUGAGGGGUAUCACACUAUCUGGGAAGACAAGCAAAUUUCAUAUACAUGUAUUUCCAUACUAGAAAUUAAAGUGAGUGGAGAAGAUUCAGAAAGUUAUUUGAUGAGGAAUGCCAUUAUCAGAUGCACUGUAUGAGAAUCAUUUGAAAAUUGUGAGUAUGACGUCCAUUUAGAACAUAAACAAGGUUACAUAUAUAGCCAGAGAGGCGGUGUCAAAAUCAUUGAACUGGCAUGAACCAUGAUACCGGUUAUGAGAUCCCUGUGGUCUACCAGGAUGUCUUGUGAUGUGAACCACAAUAUAAAUCAUGUGACAAAAUUUCGAGCUCUAUCACGUGGAAAGGAUUCCAAGAUGAAAUUGAAUGCUUGUAUGCUAUAAAAAUAGUUUUUGAUCCUUUGAUACCUCAUUUAUGUUCAAAUACACUGAAAAAGUAGCUUAGUAAAUUUUGUGAUAAUCAGUUUUGUGCUGGUAUUUCAGGUCAGCAUAGACCACAAGACGCAUCAGACGAUUGAAGAAGUCAUGGAGGAACCAGAUCAGACGGUCUAUGACCAUGCGCAAUGUCACGUCUAUUACGUCAUGUACCAGGACUGUUACCCAAGAUUCUUAGUGUCAAAUGCAUUCAAGGCACUUUUGAUGAGUAGCGACUGAUGACGUGUUUCAACACAACCACUCAAUUGGCUCUUACAGUAUGUGAAUAAACCAUUUUAUAGCUGUAGAUGGAAACGAAGCUGGAGUUGACCUUGUUUUGACACAACCCUUCUUGCUUUCUUAUGUAAAUCAAGUUGUUCUUAUGCUAACUAGUAUUUUUCAGCAUAAUUUCCAUAAGAAAACAAAGGGGGUUUGCAUUAAAACAAGGUCAACCUUAGCCUCACAUUGACUCGAAGGCUAGGGUACUAACCCCAUAACAGUAAAAUGAUCUAUUUCAAAGGUCCUAACCACACAACAAGAAUUUAUGACAUUAUUGAGAAAGGAGAUUGUAAAUUAAUAUUGAAUCAGGAAUGUUUAGAAAAGUGAAAUAUUGAUGAAUAAUACAGUCCAUAUUUCUCGGAUCAUUUCAUUCCUCCCAUCAUAAAAAUUUAUCAAAAAUUCGACAAAUUGGGACUAUUUUUUUUUGUAAAUUAGAAUCAAUGUACACGAUUGUUGAAAUUGUGUCCUCUUUAUCGAAUAAUCCCAUGAUUCCUCUCUUUUCGCCUAUUGCCUCUUCUUUGCAGAAAAUUUACGGAAUCGGACUGUUACUGCAAGCACCAUUUUCAUAUUUUUGUUAAGGUAUGAUUGUAGCUAACAAGAAAUUGUCAAAUUUUAGAAGACGCAAGUAUUGUGAAGUAAUUUAUUAUUUUUAUCCGGUUUUGAUAACAUA